CCGGCAGCUCCAGGGCCCUAGUGUCCCUCCACUUUGGCAGGCGCGCCCCGCAGGGUGCUCUCCAAGUUUCCUCUCCCUACACCACCACCUCGCAGCAGGACCCAUCGCCCCAGGCGGCGGCAGUAGCGGCAGCGGCUCCCGGGAGCCCGAGCCUUCGCGGCGCCCCCGUCCCUCCCCCGCCGCACCCCGCCCCGGCGCGAGAGGAGAGCGCGAGAGCCCGAGCCGCGGGCGGGCGGGCGGCGAAGAUGGCAGAGGCACCGGCCUCCCCGGCCCCGCUCUCUCCGCUUGAAGUGGAGCUGGACCCGGAGUUCGAGCCCCAGAGCCGGCCGCGCUCCUGUACGUGGCCCCUGCAGAGGCCAGAGCUCCAGGGGAGCCCGGCCAAGCCCUCGGGGGAGACGGCCGCCGAUUCCAUGAUCCCCGAAGAGGAGGACGAUGAAGACGACGAGGACGGUAGCGGUAGGGCCAGCUCGGCCAUGGCGAUCGGCGGCGGCGGGAGCGGCACGCUGGGCUCCGGGCUGCUCCUUGAAGACUCGGCCCGGCUGCUGGCUCCUGGAGGGCAGGACUCCGGGUCCGGGCCAGCCCUCGCGGCGGGCGCGCUGAGCGGGGGGACGCAGACGCCGCUGCAGCCUCAGCAGCCACUGCCACCGCCGCAGCCGGGGGCGGCUGGGGGCUCCGGGCAGCCGAGGAAAUGCUCCUCGCGGCGGAACGCCUGGGGAAACCUGUCCUACGCCGACCUGAUCACUCGCGCCAUCGAGAGCUCCCCGGACAAACGGCUCACUCUGUCCCAGAUCUACGAGUGGAUGGUGCGCUGCGUGCCCUACUUCAAGGAUAAGGGCGAUAGCAACAGCUCGGCCGGGUGGAAGAACUCUAUUCGGCACAACCUGUCACUGCACAGCCGUUUCAUGCGGGUCCAGAAUGAGGGGACUGGCAAGAGCUCUUGGUGGAUCAUCAACCCUGAUGGGGGGAAGAGCGGGAAGGCACCCCGGCGGCGGGCUGUCUCCAUGGACAACAGCAACAAGUAUACCAAGAGUCGUGGCCGUGCAGCCAAGAAGAAGGCAGCCCUGCAGACAGCCCCCGAGUCAGCAGAUGACAGUCCCUCCCAGCUCUCCAAGUGGCCUGGCAGCCCCACGUCACGCAGCAGUGACGAGCUGGAUGCGUGGACCGACUUCCGCUCACGCACCAAUUCCAAUGCCAGCACGGUCAGUGGCCGCCUGUCACCCAUCUUGGCAAGCACGGAGUUGGAUGACGUCCAGGAUGAUGAUGCACCGCUCUCCCCCAUGCUCUACAGCAGCUCAGCUAGCCUGUCACCCUCUGUAAGUAAGCCAUGCACCGUGGAGCUACCACGGCUGACCGACAUGGCGGGCACCAUGAAUCUGAAUGAUGGGCUCUCUGACAACCUCAUGGAUGACCUGCUGGAUAACAUCACACUCCCAUCGUCCCAGCCAUCGCCCACCGGAGGGCUCAUGCAGCGGAGCUCUAGCUUCCCAUACACCGCCAAGGGCUCCAGCCUGGGCUCUCCAACCAGCUCCUUCAAUAGCACGGUGUUUGGACCCUCGUCUCUGAAUUCCCUGCGCCAGUCUCCCAUGCAGACCAUCCAAGAGAACAAGCCAGCUACCUUCUCUUCCAUGUCACACUAUGGCAACCAGACACUCCAGGACCUGCUCACUUCAGACUCACUCAGCCACAGCGAUGUCAUGAUGACCCAGUCAGACCCCUUGAUGUCUCAGGCCAGCACCGCUGUGUCUGCCCAGAACUCCCGCCGGAACGUGAUGCUUCGAAAUGACCCAAUGAUGUCCUUUGCUGCCCAGCCUAACCAGGGGAGUUUGGUCAAUCAGAACUUGCUCCACCACCAGCACCAAACCCAGGGCGCUCUCGGUGGCAGCCGUGCCUUGUCGAAUUCUGUCAGCAACAUGGGCUUGAGCGACUCCAGCAGCCUUGGGUCAGUCAAACACCAGCAACAAUCUCCUGUCAGCCAGUCUAUGCAAACCCUCUCGGACUCUCUCUCAGGCUCCUCCUUGUACUCAGCUAGUGCAAACCUUCCCGUCGUGGGCCACGAGAAGUUCCCCAGCGACUUGGACCUGGACAUGUUCAAUGGGAGCUUGGAGUGCGACAUGGAGUCCAUUAUCCGUAGUGAACUCAUGGAUGCCGAUGGGUUGGAUUUUAAUUUUGAUUCCCUCAUCUCCACACAGAAUGUUGUUGGUUUGAACGUGGGGAACUUCACUGGUGCUAAGCAGGCCUCAUCUCAGAGCUGGGUGCCAGGCUGAAGGAUCACUGAGGAAAGGGGAAGUGGGCAAAGCAGACCCUCAAACUGACACAAGACCUACAGAGAAAACCCUUUGCCAAAUCUGCUCUCAGCAAGUGGACAGUGAUACCGUUUACAGCUUAACACCUUUGUGAAUCCCGCACCAUUUUCCUAACCCAGCAGAGACUGUUAAUGGCCCCUUACCCCGGGUGAAGCACUUACUCUUGGAACAGAACUCUCUAUAUAUAAAGUAUGCAAAAUCUUCCUUGUACGGGGUGAUGAGCCACCUGCCAGCAAAGGACAGCAUCCUGUCAGCACCACCCACCCUCGUUCAGAGCACCCCGUGAGCUCCUGUUGGCAAUUCUGUGGUGUAUUCAUAUCACGAUGGUUUAUGGGAUGUUUUAAGUGUUGUUUUUGUGUUUGUUUUCCUUUGACUUUCUGAGUUUUUCACAUGCAUUAACUUGCAGUAUUUUUAUGUUAAAAUGUUAAUCAUCCUUCCCCUGGCAAAUUUAAAACCAGAAGGAAAAUGUUGUACCAAUUACUGUUCUGGCUUUGGUCAUCACAAGCAUUUGAACCCUUGGAACUCCAUAAACUAACAAAUUACAUAAACCAGAGGGGGAUUUUCUUUCUUCUUUUGUUUGGUAGAAAACUAUCCUUUUCUAAAAACCAAACGAUGGCACAACUGUUUGCUGUGCACGCCAGUUCAGGACUGAAUCCUGCACAGGCAAAACGAGUGGAGUGUGGCACUCGACCCAGUGUGUUUUAGUUCUGAGUCAGGUGCUCAGGGGGUGAGACCCCCAGCACCUAGUCUGCAGUUGCCAGGUCAGUGGGUCUGUUGGUCUCCUGGCAUGAUCCUCAGCUAAUGCAGUGAACAGUGAUGGUAUGUGGGUUAGAAAUUAGGAUGUUUUCAAGAAUGAAAUCAGCUCAGCUGCCCACUCGUUGCCAAAUACCACUAGAGGAUUUAGUUUUAAGGAGAAAAGGAAAAAAAAAAGUAGUCCUGGUUUGCUUUGCAGAAGAAAUGAACUCACAGCGAAGAAUGCAUGAAAAGUACAAACCGGAGUCACUAUUUUCCUAAAAUACACACCCUUGAUUAUUUUCAGCCUUGCUGUGUAUAAUCUGAUCUACUAGACGUGUAUGAGUGAGAGGCAAUAGCAUACAAACUGAUUUAUAUAUAUAUAUACGUGUGUGUAUAUAUAUAUAUACAUACAUAUAUAUAUAUACACACACACACGCGUGCACAUAUAUAUAUAAAAGCUUAGACUGUAAUUGUACAAGUGACACAAUGAAAGUACAAGAUAGGCGGUUUUGACUUUAUUUUUCCCCACUUUUCUGCUUCUAUGGAUUUCAUUUUGUUUUGUUUUCAAAAAGUUAUGGUGCUGUAUAGGUGCUUUCUGUUUAACCUGGAAAGUGUGAUGAUAUUAGUUACCCUCUUUGGUAGACAGAAUAGUUGGGAACACCUUUGGUACAUAUGAAACUGUGUAAUGAAGCUCUGAUUAGCACAGCAUAUGCAUACUUCUCCAAAGUGAUAUAUGAAGACUCUUUUCUUUGCAUAAAAGCAUUAGGCAUAUAAAUGUAUAAAUAAAUUUUAUCAUGUACAGUACAAAAAUGGAACAUUCUGCAUGGACGUUAGGAAUACAGGCUAGUAUUUCAGCACAGACCUCCCUGCAUGAGUUCUCGCUGACACUCGCACUGUGCAGUGGGCACCGACUCCCUUCCACCAACACAGACGUGCCACCCCACCCCCUGUACCUACCACCGGCCGCCAGGGGCCCCUUUGUGCACCUUUGCUUUAUGAUUCCUCUGGGGGUGAUAUUGGUGGUGAUAACAGCUCCUAGCAUAAUGAAAGUUCCAUUUGACGUAUUGUCACACGUCUUUCCCGCCUCGCGUGGGUUGUCAUGUUUGAGUGAUGGCCCUGUUGAUUUCACCCUGCCUUUUACUGAAUCUGUAAAUUGUCGUGCAAUUGUGGUUAUAGUAGACUUGUAGCAAUAUUGCCUUUUCUAAACUGCUACACGUUUGUAAUCUUCAUUUUAAAAGUAUGUAUAAUUUUUAAAAAUAUGUAUUCUAUUCACGUGGUCUGCUUGUCAGUGAGACAGACUUUUGCUUACUGUAUUCCUUUAUAAUAAUGCUAGCCGCUUCCUUGAUUCCUUGGUAGUCUACUCUAUGCAGGAACUGUUGAGCAUCCGUGAAAGAAGGCUACCUCUCUGGGUUUCUAAGAAAUGCUGCCCUGGGUGGGGAUACAGUUUAGAGGCAGCCACAGCAGCUGUGGGGACCGAAGGGUAUAGGGGUAUCAGGUACUAGGAAAAUCCGGAGGGCUUACAGGAGUAGAGCCCAGAGAAUUUCUCUCCUGAACUCAAAUAAAAAAAAAAAAAAAGUAAACUAACAAAAAUAUCUAUUUGCCUUUGCAGUUUUAUAGACCCUGAUUGCCACCUUGGCAGUAAGAAGAGCAACCCUCAAAUAUGUUUCAACUUUAAAAUGUUGAAUUCCUUUCAGACAUGUGGCAUCUCAUUUAUUCUCCUUUUUUCUCAGUGUUUGUUAGAUUUUAGGCAGAAUGUCUGACAGAAUGUCCUAGAGCCAGAUUAUAAUUUAAUCUAAAACAGCUGAGGGAGGGACAGGAGGUAUGAGAACGGGGCUGCCACAGAACACGUCAAGAAUAUGGAGGGGAAGGGGUGCUUUGAAUUUGUGUGUUUUUUUUGUUUGUUUUUUAAUGCAAAUAGCAUCUACGUGUAGAGCAUUGUGGAGAGUCGAGAUCAGGACAAAGUCCAGUGCCAGCAUGAGUUCCAGGUGGGAGUCAGGCAAGAGCGGAACAGUUAGGCCUAUCCAGGAUCACAGCAGCACUUUUAGCCAUGGCCACUGCCAGCUGGCCCUCCACCUGGAGGCCAGGCUCCCUGAGACUCGCUGGGUUCUUAGGUGGUCAGACGGGGCAGAGGUGCGACCUGACCUCCAUUUCUUAUACUGAGACUGCUUUCAGGAAGGCCCACCAUGUGGCGUUCUGGGUGUCAUGGGUCCUUCUCAGUAAGCUUUCUGAUCUGGAGCCUCUCAGUGGAAUACUUAGUAGGCUCCAGGGGCCCGGCAGCUGUAAUAUUUGCAUCCUGAUGAGAACUAUUCCAGGCUGUCCUCAGCCUCUAAAUAAGCUGCUCUAGGGAGCCUUCCACUUUCUGAUGGGAAAUUAGAAGAGUAACUAAUGUUGAAAACACGACAUGUACUCUGGGGUUCUGUUCUCCCUUCAGGUCUCCAGAACCAGAUACCUUUUACCAAAGUCAGAAAAGAGCUUUAUCGUAAGCCUUCACUGUCCUGGUGUGAGAACAGACUGCCAGGUUCAGCGUACCCAUUAACUGUGAAUGAAUCUGAGGUCGAUUUCCUUUAUUGCAUCCUCUUCAAUAUAAUGAUUGCUGAAACACGUGUUUUCUAAAAAUGUCACAAGUUUGUCUUUCCUGUUAACAGGAGGAUUACACACACAUGUAUAGUACGAGGUGGACUUUGUGUGUGUGUGUGUGUGUGUGUGUGUUUGGUAUUGAGUUUGGGUAUUGUGUGCGUGUGUCACUUCACCACCCUGAGGUCAGAUCCUCAUGACUCCUAGCUCAGGACAGCUCUGCCAGGUCUCAGGGUAUCAUUUCAGGUGGCUUCUGAUCUUGUUAAAGAUGGUAGGGACAGACUUCAUCUAUACCCAGUGGACCCCGCCUGAAGAAGGAACAUUUGAAUCUCUUGGAAAGACCUUCAAGAGUAAAGCGGUCAUUCAGCCAGUCCUAUUUUGCGUGCUCAUGCCAUGGGCUGGCAAAGGGAAAUACAAAUGUUACCCUUUCUCUCUGAAAGCAGAAGCAAACCCUGAUAGCUCUAACUCUGAUUUCCUUUUUCUUGCUGUAGUUGGGGAACAUUGUAAGAUUAGGCAUACCAUUGUAUUUUUUAAUUUAGCAAAGUUUUUUUGUAGAAAUGCAAUCACUGGCAAAGAGGUACGAAAAAGCCAGCCUCUCCUAAAGACUGGGGGCAGCGGGCACGAUGAGGGUAAAGCGAAGCCCUUGUGAAAUCAUGUCUGCCAAACAAGAUCUUCAUGCAGAUGCCCAAGUAACUGAAGAGUAUAUUCUAUUUGAUCUAAAUCAUCAGUAGAUAACAUUUUAUGCAGUUUAAAUGAAUGAACUAUUUUCCUCUUUAGUUUUAUUUGUGUGCGCUUUUCUUUGAUGAAUGAUUGGUUCUGAGGCCUCUGCCGCACUCCAGAAUUACUUGUGUGGCUGCUUUAAAAAAUUGAAUGUCUGGUCACUUAUUUCUCUAAAAUUAUCUCAUUGCCUGGCAAUCAGUCUUCUCUCUAUACUUGUCCUAGCACAUUACAUACAUGGGAAAUGUAAACAGAUGUGAAGGAGGACCAGAAAAAUGAGUUAAUACUAAAAAAAAAAAAAUGUAUUGUGCGUUUUGGCUUCACAUGUUUAACUUUUUUAAGAAAAAAAAGUUGCAUGAAUGGAAAAAAAAUCUGUAUACAGUAUCUGUAAAAUUGUCUUACCUGUUUCAAUUUCUUGCUCAUUCCCCAUUCAGACUAGAAUUAAAUAUGGUGCAUGGCCAUAUUCAAACACCUAAGAGUCAAGCAGCUGAUACUUUGGUUUGAAGCACCUCAUUCUUUCUUUCCAAGCGAACACUAUCAUAUUGCAUUCUUACUGAGGAUUUUGUCUAACCAUACGUUGCCAUGAAUUAACUCUACCACCUUUCUUCCCAAAAAUCAAAACCAGUUUGAUUUGGGAAUCUCCCCCUUUCCAAAUGAAAUAGAGAUGCAGUACUUAACUUUCCUCGGUGUUUGUAGAUAUUGCCUUGUGUAUUCCAUUUACAGCCGUAAUCUAGUUUGUAAACGAGAUGGUGACGCAUGUAAAUAAAGCAUCAGUGACACUC